GAAUUUGAUGCAUUCACACACGCUCUCUCUCUCUCACACACACAAGUGUGCAGGCAGUGCAGCAUGCGGGGAAACACAGGUAUCAUGACCCCGCUCUAGGACAACUCCCACUCAGGAGCCCCCCAACACCAGACGUGUCAUUCGCAAGGCAGAAUAAACCUCCUCAGUACCAUGAUGCGAAAUCUCUGAGGAAGUCUUUAUUCUUUCUUCUUUUCUUUUUUCUUUUUUUUUUUACUACAAGGCAUUUGAAGAUUCAUCAAUUUCAGGGGAUUGUCACGGCAACAUGAGUGUGAAGAGGAAAAAGGCUGGGCUGGUCAUCAGCUGGCACAAGUCAAUCUCCAUCCUGGCUCCUUGGAGGAAAGGGAAAGGAGACAGAGAUGCUGUAUUGGAUAGUGAGGUCGUCCUGACGAAAAUGAAGCUCUUCAGUAACUUCCACGAGAAGCUCCUGACGUCUGGCGACUCUGUGUCCACAGCGUCUACUGGAUCAGUUUCCGAGCAGGACAUCUCAUGCCUCACCAAAGCCCCCGAGGUGAAUUCCCACCUUGAUGUUAAGUCCGGACAACCUCCAAUGGAAACCAGCUCAGACUACCUGCCAGCUGUUUUCUCAGACUCUCAGCUGGCGAAGUUGUACAAGUUUGAGUCAGAGGACUCUGGAGUGGAUCUUCCCAGCGGAGCUAAUUCUCCAUCCACCCCAACAGGCUCUGAGCAGAGCUUUGUGGUCCACAGUCGAGAGUCGUCCUGCGACUCCACCUGCAACUUAAACUCUGACCCUAACGUUCUCCCUGAUAAACUAGUCAAACGUGCAUCGAGCUCUGAGAUUGAACAGGUAGAGGACUCGGUAGAUACCAGUUUGAGCACAACAGUGAAUACUCAGGACAAUGUGUUCAUACACUCAGAAGAACUCUGUUCCUCAGCUUUGAAUGCAGAGCUGCACAGAGAUAAUGAUGUGAGUAGAGACCAGGGUAGGGCUUCAGGAAGUUGCUCGAAAGGAGAUGAGGAGAUAUCUGAACAGCUCGAAGAGAACGGGACUGCAACUGAAUGGACUGGCUCAGAGGAUAUGAAGCCGGAGAGACAAUCCUUAAUGGGGACAUGUGAUGACAUGAUGGGCAGUGACUUAGAGCCAGAGCCUAUCAGGAGGAGUGCCACCAGUGACAGCCUUGAAGAGUACAUGGACGAAUGCUGCAGACUUAGUGAGGCACAGCAAGUGAGUUCCAACCCUCUGGGUUCAGGCCUGGGUUACCUGCAGCACAUCUGCCAACUGAUCGAGAAGAUCGGCGAGCUGCAGGAGACCAACCUCCUGCUGCAGAGGCAGAUCUGCGGUCUACAGAAGGACGGCAGGAUGACAAAGACCAAAGAGGACUUUUUCCAGCAGCACUGCAGCUGCGGAGCCGCCAGCCUGAGCUUCCAGCAGGUUCAGAAGAGACACUCCAGAAGUGAGUGUUUGUCUCCCAGCGGAACCCUGUCUGACCUGUCCACCAUCCCGGAGGUCACCCAGCAUCCUCUCGUACCAGCCAGGGGAGACGUGAUUGGUGAGGCUUUGACACCCGUCCCACUUUGGAGGAGAGGCCUGAACCGAAGGAGCUACACCGAGGGGGAGGUCCACUUCCUCGGGGACAGCGCCGAACGGCUCUCCCUCCCCCAGCGCAGGCUGAGCGAAAACUACACUUGGGGCCGAGUCAAAGACCUGGUGAGGAAAACGAAGUUCAGGGACCAGAGCCGGCUGGGACUUUCCUCCGCCUCGCUGAAGAUGUCCUGCCCACAACUCUACAGGCCUGAUCUGGGACCAGUAGAACCUGCCGGCAGAAACCGGAACUCCAUGAUUGUGUUGGGCCACCAGAGCAAAUUGGACUGCCCCUGGCUACAAUAAACGUCCAGAUCAGAUUCAGACGGUCUCACCGGAGGAAGUGACGCGGGGACGGUUCAAGAGAGGAGGAGGGGAAGAAGCAGGAAGAAACGAAAGGAGGAAACAGAGGACGUGAAAGAGAAGAGGCUCGUGUGAGGGAUGAUGUUGCUGCUUGUGAAGGAGAAUGAGAGUGAGAGUGAGGCUGCUGUAUGUUUAAAAUGAUCUACACUGUGACACACUGUACAUUAACAGCAUUAUACUGUACUGUGUAUGCUCUGUUAAUACUAUUUUACGCCAGUUUCCACGCGGACGCUGCAAAAUCCGUAACAAUCCAACUAAUGUGAAACAUACACGUGCUUCAUGUUUUUUUUUCAUAUUUCAACUUUUCAUUUUGUAAGACCUUGUAAAAGGUGUUCUUCACAAACGGCUUUGUACAAUAUGUGUGCGCGCGUGAAAUGUUGUAUAACUGGCGUGUAAUGCGGAGAUAAUGAGUUCCAGUGUGUGUGCCCUGCGUGGAUCAUACAUCACGUUAACACCAGAGCUGUAUAUAGCAUGUCGGACAGAGGGCACGGCAUCGCCUCGUGUCCCAUUUCCAAUACUAAAUAUUAUCGCUGUGCUGCGCGGAUCUUCAGCAGAACUCUGACAAGCAGCAGCUCGGCCCUAACCUUUGUUAUUUGUCAUUCUCAGCCCCAUAAACUCAGACGACGGGAUGUUUUAAUGCUUCUUGACGUGCAGCACUUGUGUUCGACACCUCGAGCACUGUGAUUUAUCGACCGCGCCGGCAGUUGCGUCAUUGACAUUCUCGUCUCGCUCCGGCCGACGUGGACUCAUAGAAACAGAAAAGAUUGUUCUGCUUUUACUUUUGUCUCUGAAUGUUCAGAACUGCAGUCGGGAACAUUUAAGGUCAAAGUUAAAAGGUAUCUGUUCACAUUGAUUGACAGAGACUCAAUCUUUGUGUCAGGUUGGUGCCAUUUUUUGAACUGGCUAAAGCCUCUUUCUUAAUGUUAAGCACACAAAAACGGAAUAUUCCAGUAAUGUGUUGUUUAGUCCUUUAAAGACACAACUGUCUUGAUUCCGGUUUAUGACUUCUGAUGGUUCUCAACAAACAAAACAAUCUUGGCAGAUUGAAAGAUCACUGACUUUGACAUUCGUGCCAUAGAUUGCGUUGCCUCUAUAAUAAUAGUGUUUGGAUAUCAUGCAACCGACCGAUACUUCAUAUAAUAUAACGUAAUUAUAUUUUACUCCAAAGAGGUAAAAACAAAGUAUUUACUGUGUCCUGUACUAUCUUACAGUGAAAGAAGGGAUGUGUGUUGAGUUUCUUUUAAACAACUGUUUGUGUGUAAAUUAUAGCUGAUGUUUAUCUGCAGGAUGUCAGACAACUGUAUGUGUUUUAUAUGAAUGGCAUCAAUAUUAAAAUUUAUUUUUCAAAAUAAAGUGCGAUCCAAAAGAA